GGAUAUAUUUAGUAUUUACGAUUUUCAAGAACAUUAGAGACAACAUGAUUGAUGAAAUGUUAUUCCCCAGUAACAAUAAAAUCUUAUGAUAUUUUUUUUGGAGUCCACCAGCAUGGCGCAGAUGAAAACCACCAAUUGUUUAGUUCUGAAGGUAUUUUGGAUAAGAGGCCGUAAUGUAUAUUGACUGAAGCUGCAUAUGGUUUUGAGGUCAGCUUCUGAGCUAAUUUUAGAUAGUAUGUUGAUAGUGCCUACUUUUUUAAUAAAAUAGGAAAAUGCAUGAAGAUUCCUUCCAUUUUUUAAACUUUCCAGUGUUUUGGUCAUGCAGUGCAGAACAAUCAUUCCUGCUGUCUCCCCCCCCCUAAAACUGUUUACAUUCUCGUUACUUUCACGUGGUUUAAACUUCACUUAACAACGUGAACCCCGAAGAAACCGCUGUUGUUUUUUAUUGUAUCUGUAUGGAUUCAUUUGAAACUAUAAAACAACAUGGCAGCGAUAUUUUAUUUACCCUUCACGAUUUUGAUCCACCGAUCACGCCGGUCAACGAUCAUAGUGCCACGACUGGUUUGAAUGGAGCAAAAAUUAUUGAACACGUAUUGCAUUCUGUUCGAGUUAAGAAUGCUGCUUCAGAGUUUGCUGACAUGCAAGGAAAGACUGACGAGGAUAUAUUAAAAGAAGUUAAAGAAAUGUUAAAUGACAUUGGUCAUACAUUCAGUUUGAAAAGUAUUCGUUUUAUGGCAUUUAUCUUAAGGAAAGUAUUUAGAAACAUUUUCUCUGGAAUUAAAGUUAAUAUGAAUGGACUUAACAAGGUGAAGCUAAUGUCUAAGGAAUGUCCAGUUAUUCUUGUACCAACACAUCGUAGUUACACUGAUUUUCUUAUUGUUUCAUUUGUCUGUUUCAUCUUCCAAUUGCCGAUGCCUGUCAUUGCUGCAGCCCAGGAUUUUAAAAGCAUGAAGCUCAUUGGUGGUUUGCUACGGAACUGUGGAGCAUUUUACAUGAAAAGAAGAUUUCGUUCAGACAUACUUUACUGGCUUGUGUUUUCUGAAUAUGUGCAAUGUUUGCUUUUGAACAGUGGUACAACUAUGGAGUUUUUUCUUGAAGGAACAAGAAGCAGAUCUGGAAAGAGUCUACUUCCUAAAUUAGGUCUCAUGUCGAUCAUCACUGAUCUCUACUUUUCAUCAAGAGUUCCUGAUAUUAAAUUCUGUCCAAUAAGCAUCAGUUACGACCGAGUCCUCGAGGAGACGUUGAUGGCUCGUGAGCUGCUGGGUGUGCCAAAACCCAAGGAAUCACUCAAGGGACUCUUGAGCUCACGUUCAGUUCUCUCGGACGAUUAUGGUCACGUUUACAUGUAUUUUGGAGAGCCGAUAUCAUUACGAGAAUUUUCCCAAGAUUACGUGGACAGAAGCAUGCGAUCCUGCAUCCCAAGGUCAAUUAGAAGCGAAGCCACAAAUGAUGAAAUGAAUGCGGUGCGAAAGUUAGCCGCUUAUAUUUUAGAAAAAAUCCAAGAUCAUUUGAUCAUUUUACCAAACAUGAUCGUUGCUUCGAUUCUUCUACAAAAUGCGACGGGUACAACGUUAGAGUUUUUAAAAGGAAAAUACCAAAGUGUUUUGGAGUUGUGUCAGAAGUUUAAUGUACCUGUCGUACGAAAUGAUGAAAAAGACAUCAUGAAAGAAAUUAUGGAGAGUUUGAAGCUGUUAAAAAGUUCUGUGGAGGUGACAAAGGAGAAUGAGAUAUUUCUUAUCGAUCCUGAACAUUAUCCAAAGAAAUUCAAAGACCGAGUGCUCAUGUUGUGUCAUCAAGAAAAUAUGAACAGUAUUACCGCGGCGAGUAUAUCUAGUGAGGAUGGUCAUUGUCGAGAAGCAAAAGAUGAAAAAAUCUCUGAAAGUUUAAGCGCAGAUGAAAAACUUUAUAUGAUACAUUUGACAUGUGUCCAUUUGCAAUUGGCUCAUCAAAGAAACCAAUUGCUUCACUGGUUUUACAUUCCUGCCAUUAUUGCAUUGGUUUCAGGUUCAUCAAAGGAGGUGAUGUAUUCCCAAGAUGAACUCUACCGAAAUGUCAAGUUAGUUGGGGACUUGGUGUCAGCAGAAGUUGGCAAAGAACAGUUUCCUUCGUAUGAGUUUUUCAUUGCUGCUCUCAAAAUAUGUCAACUUGUGGGAAUACUUCAUUGUCAUGACGACAGAUGGAAAGCUAAUGAAACAGAUGAUUAUUGUUAUAUCACGUGGUUAUGGAGACCGAUUGUGAUAUCAUAUUGGAUCAUCAGUUCCUUCAUACUGGACUCCAGUUGUGAGGAGCAUUCAGUGAACAUGCUGGUUAAAAGUUGUCAAGAUAGAGCUUUGGAUCUAUUUUUAAUUGGUACCACUAAAGUCCUAGAAACUCAAUCUUUGGAAUUAUUUCGAAAUGCUAUAAAAUCUCUUGGAAAACUGAACGUUGUUAAAGCAUUGAAAAGAGACUCCGAACAAGUAGUCAUUGUGUCGGAUCAAUCUCACUUGUACAAUAUCGUUAUCACUUUAGAGAAAAUUCUUGAUCUUAGAAGUGAAAGAAAGCCAUAUUUGACCAGUAAGAUGUGAUCCUUGGUAAGUCAAUUGGAUAUGUUAUUUUUUGUGAUGUAAAUUUACCGCGAGAUUUUGAAUCAAUCAUCACUUAUAUAUUGUAAUAACGAUUCAAGGAAUUCAUGCUUUGAGUCCAAUAUUUCUGUAAAUGAAAGAAUGCAGCACAAAUGUUGCACGAAUAAUAUAUAUUUUAUUAACAAAAGCGAACAAUGAUACACAGUAAAUACAUAACGAUAACUUUUGUA